UGCAUUAGUCAUCUGACAACUGCCAAGUGUUUUCAUUUUCUUCCCAUGUGACUUUAUUAUUACCACCUCUCUCCUGUCUCCCAAAAAUCUCCAAAAAAGGGUGGGGAGUGGGGGAAAAGAGAAAGAGAUCCAGCAGACACCCAACCCUGCCUUUCUUUCCCAGUGACAGUGAACGCAGAGCUGAUAACGCUGCCUCUGCUCUGCCGUGUUGAUGGCAGCCUGGCAGAUUGAGACCUGCACUUAACUCGCAGCUGCCUCCCAAGCCUGGUUCUGAGAUGUCCACGCCCUGGGUGACAAGCAGCCCAGCGCUGCCCUGUGCUCAGGAGGCAGUGCUGAACAGCAUGCAGUAAAAGCCUCCUUACUGCCGCCGAAGAGCGACCUAAUGUAACGGCACAGCCAACAAGAUGAACGGAGCUUUGGAUCACUCAGACCAGCCAGACCCAGAUGCCAUUAAGAUGUUUGUCGGACAGAUCCCCCGGUCAUGGUCAGAAAAGGAGCUGAAAGAACUUUUUGAGCCUUAUGGAGCUGUCUACCAGAUCAACGUCCUCCGGGACCGGAGUCAGAACCCUCCCCAGAGUAAAGGUUGUUGUUUCGUAACAUUUUAUACAAGAAAAGCUGCACUUGAGGCCCAGAAUGCGCUGCACAAUAUUAAAACUUUACCUGGGAUGCAUCAUCCUAUUCAGAUGAAACCUGCAGAUAGUGAAAAGUCAAACGCCGUGGAAGACAGAAAAUUGUUCAUAGGAAUGGUUUCAAAGAAAUGUAAUGAGAACGAUAUCAGAGUGAUGUUUUCUCCAUUUGGCCAGAUAGAAGAAUGUCGGAUUCUCCGAGGACCCGACGGGCUGAGUCGAGGCUGUGCGUUUGUCACAUUUUCUACAAGGGCAAUGGCACAGAAUGCAAUCAAAGCCAUGCAUCAGUCUCAGACCAUGGAGGGCUGUUCUUCACCUAUCGUGGUGAAGUUUGCUGAUACUCAGAAGGACAAAGAACAGAGACGCCUCCAACAGCAACUUGCACAGCAGAUGCAACAGCUCAACACUGCCACCUGGGGGAACCUGACAGGGCUGGGCGGACUUACCCCACAGUACCUGGCGCUUCUCCAGCAGGCCACCUCCUCCAGCAACCUGGGUGCAUUCAGUGGCAUUCAGCAAAUGGCUGGCAUGAAUGCUUUACAGUUACAGAAUCUGGCGACACUGGCUGCUGCCGCAGCAGCUGCCCAGACCUCAGCCACCAGCACCAAUGCAAACCCUCUCUCUACCACAAGCAGCGCUCUGGGUGCCCUCACAAGUCCCGUGGCUGCUUCAACCCCCAACUCCACUGCUGGUGCAGCCAUGAAUUCCUUGACCUCUCUUGGGACUCUGCAAGGACUGGCUGGAGCCACUGUUGGAUUGAAUAAUAUUAAUGCACUAGCAGGUACCAUAAACAUUGCUCAAAUGCUCUCAGGUAUGGCGGCUCUGAAUGGAGGACUUGGCGCCACAGGCUUGACGAAUGGCACAGCUGGCACCAUGGACGCCCUCACCCAGGCCUACUCAGGAAUUCAGCAGUAUGCGGCAGCCGCACUGCCCACUCUGUACAGCCAGAGCUUGCUGCAACAGCAGAGCGCUGCGGGCAGCCAGAAGGAAGGUCCAGAGGGGGCAAACCUCUUUAUUUACCACCUUCCACAGGAGUUUGGCGACCAGGACAUUCUGCAGAUGUUCAUGCCUUUUGGAAAUGUUAUCUCUGCUAAAGUCUUCAUUGAUAAACAGACCAAUCUGAGCAAGUGCUUUGGUUUUGUUAGCUAUGACAAUCCAGUCUCUGCACAAGCUGCAAUCCAGGCUAUGAAUGGCUUUCAGAUCGGCAUGAAACGCUUGAAGGUGCAGCUGAAGCGCUCCAAAAAUGACAGCAAACCUUACUGAUCUUAACCCCAGAGGCUCCCUGCUCUUAUUUUAGCUUUCUUAGGGUAAGUCCCAUGAGCCAGCCUGUUCUCAACAGGGAAGGCCUAAAGAGGAGGACCACAUUGCCAACUUUUACCAAGAGAGACAGUUAUUUUUACAAUAAGGCCUCCAUUUUCCCCUACCCAUCCCCUCUACCCCAUUUGCCAUAAUUAAAACUUGGGCUACCUUGUUUCUAUUAAGUUCCUCCUCCAGUUGUGCCACUGUAUUUUCCUUUGUUUUGCAAUUUGAAUCUCCUUUUACUUUUUUUUUGUUUCCAUUUUUGCUUUUUUAAAGAAAAACAUACACAAAUAAAUGACAUCUUGAGAAUUUAAAAAGGCAAACAAACGCUAAUGUGCAAUUCUAACUCUGAAACCACUGGUGCCCCAAGAGCACUGCCUGGAGAAUUCACCCCUCCUUGUCCGCGCCCGCCCCUCUGGAGGGCCCCCAGCGUGUAGAGUUGGUGGCCUAGCAGAGGGAGAAGCCAGGAGAAGCACUUAAAACAACACAAAACGUCUUUCCACUACAUCGGUUUGUUUUAAUAAGUAGGAUUUUAUUUUAGGGUUCAAAGAAACAUGACAUUGGUCAGAUUAUUACACUGGUUGUCUAUUUUGUUAUUGUUUUAUUUUUGUUUUUAGAAAGGAUUAAUGUAAAAAAAGAUUUAGAGAUCUGUUUCUUAAAGCUACAGGGUUUAAAAAUAAAAUAAAAAUGAGUGAAAAUACUUGAUGUUUCUUGAAAGAUAAAUUUAAUAAUAAUAAAUACAUAAAUAAUACAUAAAUAAAAAAGAAAGCCACAGGCCUGUAAAUUUUAUUUGUAAAAAAAGCAUUUCUAUUUUUAUACAAAAUUUUUACUGCCUCAGAAAUAAUGGAAGUUAUUUAUGCCUAUUGUUAACUUAUUGGAUACCUAAAGAGCAGUUCUCUGUCUAGCUAGAACCUUCUGAAGUAGUCUCUAGAGGAAUUGUUCUAGGAAUGGGCUUUUGUCGCCGUUGAACCCUACACCUAAAGUUCAUGCUUUAUCCUCUCGUUGUUUGUAUCUGUCUGAUUAUUUUGUUUGUAAUUUCCAUUAUCUAGUUUACAGUUCAGUCGUCUGACUUCCCCAUAUGUCACCUUUGUUGAAACUGGACCCUCUCCCCUGACCCUUGCCAGUCUCUCACCCCAAAACACAUGGAAUCCAUCCCCUCUCACUCUCUCCAGAUGGAUUCUCUUGGGGUUUCAUUGUGCUGUGGAAAAAAGAGUGUAAGAAAUGCAAAUUAUGUGAAUGGCUCAUAGACUCCCUAAAGACCUAAGAUUUGCAUUAGUUUUUCUCCUGCACCCUUAAAAGUGAUUUUGUUGCUGCUGCAUAGAUUCUGUGUAACUUUUUACUCUUCCUUGUUUUUUCCCUAGACAUCUUCAUGCCCGUUAGUUCAUCGUUUGCCUAGCAUGUCCCUGUGGCGUCUCAAAAAAGUUUCAUCGUCCCGUCAUUGUUUCUGAUGUCUUUCUGACCUCACAUCAUAUUUGGUUCUCCUACUGACCUUUGAUCUAGUUUGACCUUUGAAAUUUGCAUGUGACCUCACCUAGCUAUGAAUUCUGGGAAGUCAAAUGUGAAAAACAUUGCUGCAUUUCAUGCAAGACUGAAAUUAUUAGACAAAUUAUAGAAAAAAAAACCUGUGGCAAAAAUGUUUUUCUUUUUUUUCUUUUCAUAAAACAGACUUGAAAGUAUUAUACAGGGAUUGGCAUUCUUCCCGGUCACUGGUAACAAUAGCAAUAUGUGUCCAGGGACACAGAAUGUUGGUUUCUAACAGACUACUUCCAAAAACAGUUUGAGAAAAAAACUGUCUGAUUUUAAGUCUCUAGAGGUCUGUAAUAGUUUUUACAUUUUUCAGGCAGUGUAAAGUUUUUUGAUAAGGCCAUUUUAGGUGGCUCACUUUCUCAUUAAGAUAUAUAUAUAGAACCACUUUUUGUAGAUUAGUAUAAGAAAAAUAUUUACCCUGUUUUGGGGCAAAUGCUACCUAUUUGUGUCACCUUUUGCUGAACUGACUCACAGUUAGACAAUCCAUGGUUUAAUGCACAUGAAAUUACCUAUAUUUUAUACUGUUUCAAUGUACAGGAGAAAGGUUACUGUAAACUGUGUUAUGUUGGUGCUUCUGUGAAUUAAGUUGUGGUUUCAUCAUGAGUCUUAAGGUCUUAAUGUUCUUUGUCGAUAAGACAAGUUUAGAAUUGGUUUACUUAAAACAAAAAAGAAUUUCAAAAAAAAGUUGUUUGCUUAAAAAUAAUUUCAUGUGAGGAAAAAAAAAACAAAAACCUAUUCCAGAAUAAGUUUUGUGUUGGCUUGUGAAGCAUUGAUGUCAUUUUUUUGUGUGGACUAUUUAGAUGUGUUUGUGUUCAGCAAAAUGUGAUGUUUUUUUCUUUCUUUCAAAGAAAAAAAAGUGAAAAUAUAUAGUGCCAAAUUCCAAAGGUACUUCCUUCCUAGAGCUUCAGUGUGUUUCUUGUGAGAAGUAAUUUGAUAACAUGGGUAUUUUAUUAUGUGUUUUGUAUAAAUCCCUAAUAUUUAAAAAAAAAGGUUAAAAGUUUGUUAACUUGCUAUUCUGUGGUCUUGUUGCCUGGAAUUGUUAUUGUUUGUUACUUCUCUAUGAUGUUUUUGUAAGACAUUGUAUAAGUGCCCAUGUCUCACUUUUUAACCACUCUGCACAUCAAUGCUGUGAAGGCAGCCUCACAAUGUAUUUUCUUCAUAAUACAUGGAAACCUCUAAGGUGAGAAAGUUGUGAACUUUAACCCUUUCUACCCAGAGCUAUCUGGAAUGUUGGUAACUUUUUAUACUGUCAUCACUUCAGUUUAUUUGGGGGUGUUUCUAAUUUGGAAUUUUUCCCUCACAUCUUCUAAGUUUAUUAUUAUUAUUUUGCCCUUCAAUUGAAACCCAGAAAGGAAAGGACAAAACAAUGACACAAGACAAAUUUGAAGAGAGGAAAACACUCUUAAUUUUUUUCCUAUACCAACUUCUUUAUUUCUGGUCUUUUAUUUUAACUUCCUAAUGUGCUGCUGGAAUUUGAAUUCCUGAUGUUUGUUCUGCGCUCCGCUCAAGUUUAAAUUAACAACAGUCUACUGGACAAGCCCAGAGGGGCAGUAGGUAGCUUUCUGAGAUUCUGUUGAGUGGUAUUUUUCGUACAUCUUGUAGGUAAAUGACUUCGGAGGGUGGGGGUGGGGGAGGGAAAUGGUCUUUUUGAGAAAUUUUACUUUUUUACUGAACACUGAACACUCCUAAGUGUUCAGUCAGCCAUUGUGAUGCGGGCCCUGACCCCAUGGGUGCAGCUGCGUGAUCACGCCUGGUGUCUGCAGUGAGAAGCUCUUGGUCCUGCCCCUGCCUUUUGAGUUUUCUAGUUUAACGGAGCAUACGUGGGGACUGGCCAUGUAAGCAGAGCUUGAUGCUUCACCACAGGUACUUAGCCACUUUUUAAAGUGUACUCUGACUUUGACUGUACAAACAGUUGACAAACGUUAAGGGCAUAUCUACAGCCCCAACAGGAACUCCAGCUUUCCUGAAAGCAGGCCCCGGAAGCAUCUUGGUCUCAGCUCUCUUUUCCUGCUCACCCACCCUGUUUGGUUUAAUAUGUGUGGAUGUGAUAGCCUUGGGAUGGAAAGGAUUAGCCUCUAAUGAUGCAAAAAAAAAAAAAAAGUUUCCUUCUUAUAGCACAUGCACUUCUAAUGAAAUGAUUUGUACUAUCCUCACACGUGUUUACUACUGCCGGGGCCUUCCUUCAUCCUUUGAGGGCUAUUUUGUACUUCCUGCAGCACUCAGCUUAGUAACAAAAGUGAUCUCACAUGUGUCUCUCAUAUACCUAAUAGAUGGUGGAGUGUAGAUACACACAUAGAAACACAAAAUUAGCAAUCAAAUCUAGUCAUUUAUCAAUUACAUAGAUCUCAAAAACUCUUUUCUCAUAUUUUUCACUGAAGCAAACCACCCUCUUAACUCACCUGCAUCUCCCCCGGAGGAAACCCAAGUACAGUUGACAGGUGCGGGGUGGGCACUUCUACUUGAGCAUUUGAUUUUUGCAGGCAAUCAAGACAGUACACAUGGGGGGAAUUUUUUGUUUGUUUGUUUUGUUUGGUCUUUGCACAUUUCAUUGUUAGAAAAAUAACCCUCCUCAGAGACAAAUUGUCCUUUUAUCUUUUAGUAUCAAAAGGAAAAGGCUGCAAGGGUGCAAAGGGCCUGUGCCAGAAGACAAAACACAGGGAAACUGCUUUUUUAAAAAAAUCAAGUGUAGAAAUAGUCAUUUUUAAACUAAAUUAGAGAAUUGUGGUAAAGUGGCAGUCCUCAAAGGCGUAACAAGUUCCUCUUUCUUUCACCAUAGGGGUUAUAGUUCUUUGGCUUGUGCUACUCUGGAAUCAUUUUACUGUUUGUUUUUAUUAUCUUAAGUGCUAAUUAAAAAAGAAAUAAAAUCUUAAAAAAAAACUGUAGUUUCAUUAACUUUUUGAAUAAUGUCAUACAAAAACUGUAUUUGUGUUUUUGUGCUGUGAAAAUUGUUGUUUGUAGAUUAAUAAUAUCAUUUUGUUUAGAAUUACAAAGUAGUUUUUAAAUAUUGUCUGAGAAAAGCCAAAGUUAAUGCAACAUAGUGGAAACUGUAAGACCAUUUGAGUAUUGUUUCUGUUUUAUUGAUGCAUUUGGAUUUUGUUGUUUGAUGGAAUUUGAGCCAAAAAAAUGCAGGCUUUCCUAUUUCUACAACUGAUUGUACUUAUGCAUUUUGUACCAGUGGAACUUUUUAUACUGGAGAUUAAAAAAAUGGAAAUUUCUGUGGCUUAACUCUGUGGCCACCUGACAAUGACUGAUUUCAAGUUUGAUUUCUGGUCGAUAGAAAGAAAGUUCUUUUGAGACUUAAAAACUUUGGCUUGAUUUUUUUUUUCCCCUUUGCUUAUAUCUAGCAUUAGAAUUUUGUCUUAAAAUACAGCGGUAAGUUUCACUUUUUAUUCUGUAUUGUGCAGUUACACAAUAAGGUAAUUAGAUUUAGAAGUACUCAGUCUCUUUAAGUGGAUAAAUGUAUUAGUUAAACUUUAGGGGUUUGCUUUUUUGCUGUUUAGAUCAAAGUUUUUUCUGAUUCUUCUGUCCUCAUUGUGAACAUAACCGUGUAGUUGAAACAGUCAAACUUAUUUUUGUAAUGUAUGUUAUUGUGUGAUGCGGUUUUUUGCUUCUGUCUCCAAUAUUAAACCAUUUUCCUAAUA